GUGUGACUGCCACCGGACGGCUGUCUUUGGACAGUGCAGGAAAACGUGCCACACAGUGACACACACAAGCCAUGCAGCAGGCAGCUCAACCCGGACCAGCAGCAGCAGAAACUUAAAAGAUGCAAUAGAAAAUUAUGUGCCUCCGCCUCGGCUCAUCAUCAACAUGUUCCCGGGAGUUUUCUAUGCACUGCUGGCGGGUUUCCUCGGAGCCGUGGCCUCAUCGUCGGCCAAACUGUCCCUCGGAGCCGACUACCUGAAGGGAGUCUGUGAAACCGGACUCCGGACGUGGGGAGAGCAGCGGAAAUUUAGACAAGCGGAUGAAACUACCGCCUGCGACCGGCUCCAUAUCCCCCUGAGGCUGCUAUGUGGCGGGCUGCUCUUCACCUGCAAUGCUGUGAUGUGGACCUUCCUUGCCAAAGCACUCAGGUACUCCUCUUCCUCCACCCAAACCACUGUGACCACCACCGCCUCCAACUUCAUAUCUUCCGCUUUCCUGGGCCAGCUUAUCUUUGGUGAAGCCCAGAUAACGUUGUGGUGGGUUGGGAUCUCCCUCACCUUCUCUGGUCUGUUGGUACUGCAGAGGGUUUCACCGCAGGAUGGACAACAUGACGCAGGCACCAAGGACGAAUAAUAUGCCUGGUCUCCACUAGAGUUCAGCCUGGCUCCAGCUGGCUGUGCUAUGAGGAGUGUCUGGGUUCAGCAUCUCCUCUGAUUUUUAGUCUUCCCUUAAUCACUAGUUUUAUUAAACAUAUUGUUCCUAAUUAACUAAAUGCCACUCAAAAUGAACCCUUUCUGAUAAAGAGCAUUGAGCUUUAUUUGUAAUGUUACUAUUUAUCCUUCAGCUUGCAGUUUGGCUGAGAAACACUGCUGGCUCAGCUGUGGUGCAGCAUUGUUUAGCCCUGUACUAAAAUCAGAUGAGAUGUUGGCAUUCAGCCAGUCCAGCCAUUGCACAGCAACAAUCUGGAUAGUGGAGACAAGCUAAUGGAUGCCUGCGCCCAGCUUCCCAGAUGUUCUAAAAUCAUCUUUGUUCACAGGCUUACAAUGAAGCAAAAAUUAUACUAGCUUUACGUUACUUUCAGGCAACAGCAGCAAAAGAAAUUGUGAGCUAACAGAACAGUUGUGAAGUAAUGGAAGAGGUUGAAAGGAAUUAUUUGGCAUUUGGGAAAUGUACUUAUUUAUGGAGAGCUAGACCACCACUCUCAUGUCUUGUACAAUAAAUAUGAAGCUGAUGCCAGCGUCCGAUUAGCUUAGCAUAGCAAGUGGCAGCUAGCAUGGUUCUGUCUCAAGCUAACAUAAGCUAUCCACCAGCACUGCUAAAGCUCAAUAAUGAACAUGUUUUAUCUUGUUUAUUCAAUUCUCACAUCCAGUAAAACCACAAAGUGUUUUUAACUAUUUGGUUUUUGUACGGAUUAAACAAACAAGGCAGAUUUUGGCACAGCUGUUUCCCCAUUUUCAGUCUUUGUGCUAAGCUAAGCUAAGCUAACCGUCUUUUAGCUGUUGCUUCAUAUUUAACAGACAAAUGAGAGUGGUAACAAUCUACACAUCUAACUCUUGGCAAGAAAGAAAAUAAGUGCAUUUUUUUUAACUGUGCAUAUGAUCAGACUGAUCUGAAGUCAAUCUUUUGGGUUUUGUUCAUGAGCAAUGGACAAAUAGCAUCACUGGCUAUGUUCAUGAUUUCACCAUUAAUUGGCCUGUGCAUUUUGUAUCGCAGCCGUCAGACCACCAACACUUUCUUAAUUCUCACAUUCCCUUAAGUUACUCUGACACUCACUGUAAACAUCCUACACUGACGUUGCAUUCAUGUAUGCUCGAGGCGAUGUUAUAAAUGCACUUAGCUGGCGAGGUUUACUCGUAUUUUCACAAGUAAUAAUACUAAUGUAGCGCUGAAAGGCUCGUCCCUGGGUCUUUUUACUUUUUACUUUUUACUUUUUAUUUGCCUUUUCUUGACAUCUUGAACAUCAAGAUAUGAGCUUGACAAUUGUUUUGAUUCAGAGGCAGCUGCUCUUCCACGUCAUGAUAGCCAUGUGCAUGUUCCUACUGAGGCUUGAACUUUAAUAUUUCACACCAAAGCAUUUUGGAGCGUCAGUCCACUCAGAGUGACGUCCCUGUGAGCUGAUUAAAGUUAUUAAACUCACAAUCUUGUGACUUAAGUGUCCGCACUGUCUCUCUAGCGUAAGAGACAUCACAUGGCCUCUUUGAUUGCCUGUUUUGCAUUUGCAAUCCCAUAUUAUCCUGUUCAUCGCCCAUCAUGUCUCUGGGUUUCACCUGGCUUCAUUAAAAGCUUCCCUCUACAUGCCUGGAGUUGUCAGUGAGAGUGCAAUAACAUUAUUAUUCCUUUAAAUCUCAUAACACUGUGAUGUGCGUAAGAGUAAGGGAGUUUUGAGCCUUCAUAAUGUAACAGAAAAUGGCAAUACAUGCUGCUAGAGGGACGUUACUGUUAGCAUAAAUCAGCUAAGUAAGUUGUAUGCAGGGGUUUGUCUGAACAUGACAUGAAAGGUUGCUUUAUUUAACUAUUUAAAGAUCACACUUUGCUGUUGUUUGGAUACAUAUCUUAAUAUAAAUGCAUAAUGGUAGCUAUAAUACCUGUCUGUAAUAUUUCACAGCAGCAAUGCACAAAUAUAUGAGAUGUCCUUCCAGCUGCUGCUGUGCAGGUUUUGUAUCAUGUGAUUUACAUGCAUCCCUAUUAAUGUGACUGCUGUAACAAUGUGAUUAUGGAGCUCUCAUGUUAAAGGCCGGCUGAGUGAUGUUAUAUAGCAGGGCUGUACUCGCCACGCAGGAUUCUUCAGAUCCCUCACAGCACUCAGAAGUGUAUUCAGCUGUUUGUGCUUCCAAGUCCUGGGUGUGUUGCAUUACUUUUGGGGGGAAAUUACGCUUAUUCGCUCUGUUGUCGAGAGUUAGAUAAGAAGAUUGAUUCCACUCUCGUGUCUGUCUGAUUAAUAUGUAACUGGAGCUAGCAGCUGAGCUUUGUAUUAAGACUGGAAACCUGCCUGGCUCAGUCUUUAUGCUAAGCUAAGCUAACCAGUCUAGCUUUGUAUUUGCUGGAUGGAUAUUUCUCACAACUUUACAUUUUGAACACUUUAAUUUUGGUGAGCAUUACACAUGUAAUGUCGUGUAGACAUAAAGUUUGAAUUUGUGAGUUUUAGAGGUGCUGGUAGGUAGAUUAGGGUUAGGGUUAGGGUUAGGGUAAUUUCCUUCGGACAGAGCCAAGCUAGCUGUUUCAACCUGUUUACAGUCUUUAUGCUAAGCUAACUGGCUGCUGGCUGUAGCUUCAUAUUAACAUACAGACAUGAGACGGGUAUCGAUCUUAUCGACUAACUCUCAGCAAGAAAGAGAACAAUCGUAUUUCUCAAAAUGUCGAACUAUUCCUUUAACAAAAUGUUAAUAUCUGCAAUCUUUACUUUUGAUUCUGAAGGUUUUUUUGGUGCCCGGCUUUUCCUCCAGUUAACGGCAUGAUAUGAGGUUAAACCUUCUACCUGUGAACCCACUCUCACUGUAAUAUUACCAGUCGGAGCUUUGCAGGAGCCACAUUUAUAGCUCUGUGAAAGCGGCAUGGCCCUGAGUGUGAUGUAUUUAUAUCCAUGUGCACAUAAACUGUAAAUGUGGUUGUACAGAGAGAUUAGAAAAUCACUGAAUUACGAUGUUAACCUGACACGGUUUGUGUCACAUUGACGAGUUAAUGUGCUGCACUCCAGGAAACAGCAUUUCUUAUGAACGAGUAAAGUUUUGAACCAUUUCUUGGUAGAAUAAUAGGAAAGAGACUUUGCAUUAGUUUGUUGGUACUCUUUAACCCACAUGUGCAGAUCAUCACUUUAAUCUAAAGGCUCCGACAAAUGUUACAUUAUGUUCAACCUUUUAACACAAAUCAAGACAAUUUGAUUAGAGGGAGUUACUGCUCUGAUAUAAACUGUUCAUAAUGUGUUUUACAGAUUAUAUGAAACAAACAUUUGUAAAAGUGUAAAUAUAUUCUGUUAAAAGGAAACACUUUAAAGGAUGUGUAAAUUGCCAUCCUCACAGAGAGAAGAAACCCUGUUGAAUUAUUGAAUAAAACAUUUAUCUG